AAUUUUACAUGGACGGCGUUUUUAACGAGCGGGCUUAUCGGCGUUGUCGAGUACUUCCCAUCCUUGACUCCGAUGAUUUAUUACACACACCGAGAGCGUCUCGACGAGACCAUCCGCUUCCGCUGUCUCUUCGUUGGCCACACUCGACACUCAUCACAAACACACACAGAUUGACAAAUCAGCGGCGACCGAUUUUUUUGGUAACACGGUACCCGGCAUUUUUAUGGAGUGUGUCGGUUGAUCGGUGGAUUUAUCGGUGUCCAUUUUUUGACAAUGGAGUUUGGCCUUGGGAUGGGAGAGGGAUCGGUGAAAAGGAGAUAGCGUUAGAAUUUUCUGGAUGAGCGGGAAAUGGCGUUGAAUGGAUUGCGGAGAUUUUGGCGGCAACUGUUUGUUAUCGCCGUGCCGCUGGUCUUCCUACCGCUGCCGCUCAUUAUCGGCACAAAACCGGCAUGUUGCGCGUACGUGAUCGUGUUGAUGGGGAUCUUCUGGCUGUCGGAAGUGGUGCCCAUGGCCGUGGUGUCCCUGCUGCCGGCCAUCCUCUUCCCCAUGCUGGCCGUCCAGUCCUCCAAGGAUGUCUGCCGUAACUACUUCAAGGAUUCUGUGAUGCUGUUCGUGGGCAGUCUGAUCGUCGCGGUGGCCGUGGAGGAGAGCAAUCUGCAUAAGCGGAUCGCGUUGCGCGUGCUCCUUCUCGUCGGAUCGCAUCCACGCUGGUUGAUGCUGGGAUUUAUGUGUAUUUCCGGAUUUUUGUCCAUGUGGAUGAGCAAUACCGCGACAACGGCCAUGAUCACGCCCAUCGCCGAGACGGUGAUCAUGGAGCUGUUCAAGCGCAAACGCGCCGCCCACCGCCUCCGGCCCCUGCCGCUGGUCCCGGCGUCGCCGCGGGUGUCCACCCGAUCGCCGUCCUACAUCCGCGGGGGUGUGGCGCCCAACGUGCACGCUACCGCGGAGGCGGUCACCCGCUCCAUCAGCCAGAACGGGACGCUGAUGGAGACGUACGAGCGCGUCGACAUCGAGGGCAAGGACAACCAGGGCUUCGUCCUCGACGCCGACGCCGACGGCCACUCCACCACCACGGCCGCCACCGUCUCCGCUAAAGGUCACGGGGAAGAGGAGCCGGAAGCGUUGAGUGUGAAGGAUCUGGAUGCGGAUGAACUGAAGAUUAUCAAAGGGAUGAUUCUGUGUGUCGCCUACGCCGCCAACAUCGGGGGCACCGGCACCCUGACCGGCACACUGCCCAAUAUUGUCUUCAAGGGACAAAUCGACGCUUUAUAUGGUCCGUCAACCGGCGUAAAUUUCGCGACAUUUUUAUUGUUUUCCUUCCCGGGGAUGCUGCUGACGCUGAUCGUGGCGUUUAUCUGGCUGCAGUGGAUGUUCAUCAGCACAUGGUCGUGUGGAAAAGGCGGGAAGAAAAAGACAGCGGUGGAGGAUGACGUCCGGGCCGCCGAGCAGGAGCGCACCGCCGUCCGCCAGAUGAUCCAGAGCAAGUACAACGAACUGGGCAUUAUGGGAUUCGGCGAGGCGAGCGUGAUGUUCCUGUUCAUCUUCCUCAUCGUGGCGUGGAUGUUCCGCAGUCCGCACUUCAUCACCGGCUGGCAGGAGUGGUUCCCCAAGGGCUACGUCACCGACGCCACACCCGCCAUGCUCGUCUGCUUCCUGCUCUUCAUCUGGCCCAAACGCCUGACGCCCGCCAAGAACAGCAAACCCGGCGCGCCCAUUCCGCCGAUUCUGACGUGGGGCUCCAUGAAGCGGCGGUUUCCCUGGGAUGUCUUCCUGCUGCUGGGCGGGGCGAUUGCGUUGGCCGAUGGGACACAGGCGUCGGGUUUAACGGAUUGGUUGAAGGAUCAGAUGCACUACUUCGCCAGUCUCCCGCCCUGGGCCAUCGUCAUGGUCAUCUCGCUGCUAAUUGCCACCGUGACGGAGUUCGCCAGUAACGGCGCCAUCGCCACCAUCUUCCUGCCCAUUCUGGCCAAACUGGCGGAAGUGUCGGACGUGAACCCGCUGUACUACAUGAUCCCGGCCACCAUCGCCUGCUCCUUCGCCUUCAUGCUGCCGGUGGCCACACCCCCCAACGCCAUCGCCUUCGGCUGCGGCUUCCUGCAGAUCUGGGACAUGGUCAAGGCCGGCUUCAUGCUCAACUUGAUCGCCAUCAUCAUCCUCAUCGUCAACGUCCACACCACCGGCGUGGGGGUCUUCGAUCUCCUCAACAAACCCGCCUGGCUCCUCGCCGAACAGAUGGGAUUGUCCAACGACGACGCCGCCGGCAUGUACAAUAUGACGACAAUGUCCUAUGCCACCACGUAGUAGCAGUUUCGUUGGGUUCUCUGUCUGUUUCACAAUUAGUGGUUCCUAUUUGCACUUGUGAUGCUGCAGUCGGUUGUAAAGCUAUGAGUAUAUUGGAGUUGGGCAAUGCUUAACAGAUGUCGACUUAGGUUGAUCGUCGUAGUUUACACAGCCGAUUGGAUGAAAUAAAAC